AUGCUUCUGGGGGUGGGGUUGGGACAAAGUCACGGUGACGGAUGUGUUUGUGGGAGUUGCAGGUGGAGACGCAGAUACAGUAGGAAAGAUGAAUGGGAGGGCUGAUUUUCGAGAGCCGAAUGCUGAAGUUGCAAGACCAAUUCCCCACAUAGGGGCUGAUUACAUUCCAACAGAGGAAGAAAGAAGAGUCUUCGCAGAAUGCAAUGAUGAAAGUUUUUGGUUCAGAUCUGUGCCUUUGGCUGCAACAAGUAUGUUGAUUACUCAAGGAUUAAUUAGUAAAGGAAUCCUUUCAAGUCAUCCCAAAUAUGGUUCCAUUCCUAAACUCAUAUUUGCUUGUAUCAUGGGAUACUUUGCUGGAAAGCUUUCUUAUGUGAAAACGUGCCAAGAGAAGUUCAAGAAUCUUGAGAAUUCCCCUCUUGGAGAAGCUUUACGAUCAGGACAGGCACGACGAUCUUCACCACCUGGACACUACUCUCAAAAGUCAAAAUAUGACUCAAAUGUGAGUGAUCAUUCAUCUUUUGUGACAUCACCAGCAGCAGACAACAUGGAAAAAGAGAUGUUUUCUCAUUAUGAGCCAGUUCCAUUCAGUGCUUCUAUGAAUGAAUCUACUCCCACUGGUAUAACUGAUCAUAUUGCGCAAGGUAGAAACUUCUCUUGAAAUGAAUUUCAGCAUUUUAUGGUCCAACUCAAAGUAAACAAAUAUGGAGAUACUUGGGAUGAGUGAAAAAUUGCAUCCUUGGACCUACUGAAGGAGUUUCACUGUCCAGCUUCAUCUAGGUGGUCAUGAAUAUCUGCAUGCUUUGAGCUCAGCAGCAGUCUUCAUAAACAUUCAAAACUAAAACCUGGGUUUUUGUGUUUUGGCUUAUUAAAAUGAAGUUUAAAAAACAAAUUUUAAUGUUACUCUUGUGUAAAUGUAUUCACAUUGGGGAACUAUAUGAAUGAUGGUAUUAUACCAUGAUAGUACACAGUUUGUGAAAUUUAAGUUACAGGGCAAGGAUACUCAUAAAACUAUUGAGAUUGUAAUGCUCUAGAAUCAACAUAUAUGAAAAUAAAUGAUAUCUGCAUGUUGAAUUGGGGUGGGUGGGGGGGAGCAAGCAUAAUUUUAAAUGUUAAGCUUUACAUCAAAAAAUUAUUUAAAAGCCUUUCUCCAGUGUUUGCUGUAUUCUCCGUGUUUGUGGUAAAUAAAAUAUAAAGGAACAUGCAUCUUUAUUAAUUUCAUGGCUUUAUUUGCAACCUAUUUUUAAGUAUCAUAAGUGGUAUUUAGUAGGGAUAGGAAAUAAAGUCAUCUCUGAAUAUUUAA